UGUUUUACUGUUUAACAUAAAUGUGUAUUCAAUGACUAUUUGUAUGGUUUUACUGCCAAACAGUUAGUUAUCUCUCAAUUAGUUUAUAACAAAAAGUGAUUUUAUUUUUACGCUUUGAUUGAAUUUAAACUGAAAAUCGCCGCAAAUUUCAGUGACUUUUUUGAUAGYAUUUAGUCAUCAAUUGAUGUUAAGAUUAAAGUGUGGAUCAAUGGCUGUCGUUAACCAAAGUCAGUGAUGUCUGUGAAGUGAUAAUCGGUGGCAAUGUUUGCCCCAAACAGUCUUUGUGUAAGUGAUAGUAAUUUAAAGCCCAUAUUAACGACGGAUUAGUGCGAAACACAUGAUUAUCACCAACUGAUUGAUCGAUCAUUUUAAGGAUCAAUUGAAUUGUGAAAGAGUUGUUAUCUUUGUUUAGCAAACAAUUAUCAGUGAUUUGCAAACAUUGCGGACACCAGUGAUUGUUAAUGUCAUUACUGAGAGGCACCCGAAAGUUAUUACUAGCGGCGGGUUUGGCCGGUUGUGGUGCGGCCGCUGCUGUUCUCCUGAGUGGACUUAAUGCCGAGUCGGACGGCUUUAAGACACGCGCUGCUAAUGUCAUACAAAAUCACUUCAAUGACUACUCAUAUACCGGAAAUUUGAUGAAUAGUGUCCACAAAUGGGACAACAAUUGGGAUAAAAGAGAUCCGUUUAGUUUAGUGAAACCAAUUAGCGGUUCAUUUCGGGUCUCAGAAAAAGAUGAAAAUAAUUAUAACGAAAAACUAGAAAAAGCGAAAGCAGUGGCCACUCGGCACUUGAUUCUCAUCCGACACGGACAGUACAACCUGUCGGGAGAAACCGAUAAUUUGAGAAAAUUGACGCCUUUGGGCAGAGACCAGGCAUAUCACGUCGGCAUCCGACUCAAAGACCUGGCGCUUCCCUAUACACGUAUUAUUCAGUCAACUAUGACCAGAGCUACCGAAACGGCUCAAAUUAUUAGCCAACAUUUGCCUAAUAUUCCCGUCGAUAGUUGUAAUUUCAUUAGAGAAGGAUCUCCUAUACAACCCGAUCCACCCGUCCAUCACUGGAGACCCGAACAAAAGCAGUUCUUCGAAGACGGCGCUCGAAUCGAGGCUGCAUUCAGGAAAUAUUUUCAUCGAGCAGAUCCACAACAAAAGAAAGAUAGUUAUGAGAUAAUGGUAUGUCACGCAAAUGUGAUCCGUUAUUUUGUGUGCCGAGCCCUCCAAUUCCCUCCCGAAGCUUGGCUUAGAUUUUCGUUACACAACUGUAGUCUCACAUGGAUUGCCAUCAGACCGAGUGGUCGGGUGACUGUUUACACUGUCGGUGAUAUAGGACACGUGCCGCCAAAUAAAAUGACUACUUCUUAAGUAUAUAUCAUUUAAAAUAUAUCGCUCACUAAAACUACAGAUUAGACGUAUUGUACAGUCGUUAACGUUUAAUGAGUUUGCAUUUUCUGCAAUAAAUAGAUCGUUAUUUUUCAUUAUAUUAUUUUUUGUCGUA